GAAGUCCUCGCUGACCAGCGCGCCACCGUUGUCCCUACGAGCUACAACUUUUAGUAUUUAGUGUCCGUUCCGGUUGCUGAACAUCCAGAGAACAAACUAGACACUGUAUCCCCAUUUUUCAGUCUAAUUUGAGCCCUUAAUCCAGGCCAGGCUAGACGUGUCGCACGGUACCCCCACCACCUUUCGGGAUUUUUUUUGGUGUGGUUCUCCCCCCCGCGGCAAAAAUCAGUCUGGUGGUUUAAGAGGAAGAAAAACAACAACAAAAACAACAACAACACUUUGGUGGACUGUUUGCCCCGACCAUGACGAGAACAUGUGGAAGUAGGUAUGAGCCGACUGGUGAUGAGGGUUAUCUCCGCAACUAACACGCACGCAGCGAGGCGCCCUGGUUGCGGUCAUCGAGCCCCGGAGGAGACCUUAGGAGAAGUCGCGUGGAGCACAAAGAGACCGCUCUUCUUUCUUUUUAAAGCCGAGGAUAAUACAACAAGUUCGGACCAUGCACCCCCCGUGCUGACAAGAGGACCACAGGCGGGAGAGAGAGAGAUUCUGUUGUAUCCAGACUUUCAUCACAACGCAAAGUUGGGACAAUUGAGAGAAGUUUCCAGUCCGUCCGACCAGUUUAACGUGUUUUUGUGUGUUUUGACCUCGCUCCCUGAACCGAAGUCCACUUUAAAUGCGGACUGGUUUGCACGAAACUGGUGAGUGCACAGGUCAAAGCAGAACCACAGAGGACCAGGUUAUCUGUUCGGCAUAUUUGGGAACAACAACCCCGCCAUGGAGCUGACGCACAGGAGCGUCGUGCUGCUGGGCUGCAUCGUCUCUCUGGGCUCCUGGGCUCUUCUGGCUUCUGCAGAGGAAGAGGUCCUGAUGAACACCAAGACGGAGACGUCAGAUCUCAAGUGGACCGUCUUCUCGCACGCCAAACCCGCGUGGGAGGAGCUAAGCGGUCUGGACGAGGAGAACAACAGCGUGAGGAUCUACCAGAUCUGUCAGACGGACAGCUCGUCCAGCCACUGGCUGCGUAGCGGCUUCAUCCAGCGGCGCGGCGCCUCCCAGGUGUACGUGGAGCUGCGCUUCACCAUGAUGGAGUGCUCCUCCAGGAGCAGCCACCACCGCAGCUGCAAGGAGACCUUCAACAUGUACUACUACGAGGCCGACUCCAAUGAGGCCACGCCCUCCUACCCGCCCUGGAUGGAGAACCCGUACGUCAAGGUGGACACGGUGGCCGCCGACUUCCUCCUGAGGAAGGGCGGCGAGCGUAAGUUCAACGUGAAGACCUUGAGAUUGGGCCCGCUGUCGAAGAGAGGCGUGUACCUGGCGUUCCAGACUCAGGGCGCCAGCAUGGCGCUGCUGUCCGUCAGGGUGUUCUUCAAGAAGUGCCCCCCGUUGGUCAGCGCCCUGUCCUCCUUCGCCGAGACGGUGCCCCGCACUCUGGUGCAGGAGGCGCAGGGCGUGUGCGUGGAGCACGCCGCCCAGCUGCAGGGGUCCCGGCCGCGGCCGCCCAAGCUCUUCUGCGGGGAGGACGGCCAGUGGGUGGGCCAGCCGACCACGUCCUGCGCCUGCCUGCCGGGGUACGAGACCUCCGAGGGACACACCGUGUGCACAGCUUGCCCCGUCGGUCAGUUCAAGGCGGCCUCGGAGGGACGCUGCACCGGCUGCCCGGGAUUCAGCCACGCCGCCGCCGCGGGAGCGUCGGUGUGCGCGUGCCGCUCCGGGUAUUUACGAGCCGAGACCGACUCCCCCGACGUCCCGUGCACGAGACCCCCGUCGGCGCCGCGCAGCGUGGUGACCCAGAUCAACGACACCACGCUCAGCCUGGCGUGGAACGAGCCGCUGGACAGCGGCGGCCGCGCCGACCUGAGCUACGCCGUGGGCUGCUCCGUGUGCCGCGCGCCCGGCGGCCCGUGCCUCUCCUGCGGCGACAGCGUCAGCUACCGGCCCGAGCAGCGCGGCCUGCCGGGCCGCCGGGUGGAGGUGUGGGGGCUGCUGCCCCAGACCACCUACGCCUUCACCAUCCAGACCCUCAACGGGGUCACGGGGGUCAGCGGGAAGGACCCCGCCGGAGAGAACGUCAACAUCACCACCAGCCACGACGUGCCCUCGCUGGUGUCCGUGAUUCUGAAGAGCGACUCCACGGAGAGCAGCCUGACGCUGAGCUGGUCGGUGCCGGCUCAGCCUCACUACUCCAUCCUGCAGUACCAGCUGCGCUACUGCGAGAAGGAGCGCCGCAGCGAGGACCAGUGCCGCUACGCGGAGAGCCAGCGGAACCAGGCGGUGCUGACGGACCUGCGCCGGGCCACGCAGUACGAGGUGCAGGUCCGGGCGCGCACCAUGGCGGGCUACGGCAGCUUCAGCCCGGCGGCCAUGUUCCACACGCUGCCCGACGGUCUGAACUCGGCCGCCCAGUUCCUCGUGCCCGGCAUCUUCAUCGCCAUGGGGAUGCUGCUGCUCAUCACCUUCGUCUUAGUGGCCGCCUUCUGCGUGCGCAGACACAGCCAGGUGAAGGACCCGGAGCUGAGCGACAAGCACAGCCAGUACCUGGUGGGCCAAGGGGUCAAGGUCUACAUCGACCCCUUCACCUACGAGGACCCCAACGAGGCCGUCAGGGAGUUCGCCAAGGAGAUAGAUGUUUCCUUUGUCAAGAUCGAGGAGGUCAUCGGAGCGGGAGAGUUCGGGGAGGUGUGUCGUGGCCGGCUGAAGGUCCCGGGGAAGAAGGAGAACUACGUGGCCAUCAAGACGCUGAAGGGCGGCUACACCGACAAGCAGAGGCGGGACUUCCUAUCCGAGGCGUCCAUCAUGGGUCAGUUCCAGCACCCCAACAUCAUCCACCUGGAGGGCAUCAUCACGGCCAGCUGCCCCGUGAUGAUCCUCACGGAGUUCAUGGAGAACGGAGCGCUGGACUCCUUUCUACGGCUCAACGACAGCCAGUUCACGCCCAUCCAGCUGGUGGGGAUGCUGCGCGGCAUCGCCUCGGGCAUGAAGUACCUGGCGGAGAUGAGCUACGUGCACCGCGACCUGGCGGCCAGGAACAUCCUGAUCAACAGCAACCUGGUGUGCAAGGUGUCCGACUUCGGCCUGUCGCGCUUCCUGCAGGAGAACUCCUCGGACCCGACCUACACCAGCUCCCUGGGAGGUAAGAUCCCGAUCCGCUGGACCGCCCCGGAGGCCAUCGCCUUCAGGAAGUUCACCUCCGCCUCCGACGUGUGGAGCUACGGCAUCGUCAUGUGGGAGGUCAUGUCUUUCGGAGAGCGGCCGUACUGGGACAUGAGCAACCAGGACGUCAUCAACGCCAUCGAGCAGGACUACCGGCUGCCGCCGCCCCCCGACUGCCCCACCCACCUGCACCAGCUGAUGCUGGACUGCUGGCAGAAGGACCGCUCGGCGCGCCCUCGCUUCUCCGACCUCGUCAGCGCGCUCGAUAAACUCAUCCGCAACCCCGCGUCGCUGAAGAUCGUCGCUCAGGAGGGAGCGGGGCCGUCUUACCCCCUGCUGGACCAGCGGGCCCCUUUGGACCUGUCGUCGUGCGCCUCGGUGGGCGAGUGGCUCCGGGCCAUCAAGAUGGAGCGCUACGAGGACGGCUUCCUGCAGGCCGGCGUCACCGCGGUGGACCAGCUGGCCCAGAUCGCCACGCAGGACCUGCUGCACAUGGGCGUGACGUUGGCCGGCCACCAGAGGAAAAUCCUUUCCAGCAUCCAGACGAUGACCUUUCGGAACAAGAGCACCGCGACCGUGACCUUCUAGCUCACCCCCCCCCCCCGUAAUCUGGAGCGUGAACGCCAGCACACGUUGUACUCUCAGCCCUCCAGAUGCUCUCCGUCUUUCAACGUGGACUUCGAGGCGCAAUCGGCAGAAUUGACCUCUGACCGAAAAAGAAAUAACUCCAAAAAUUCCGUAAGAUGACUUUAAGAUGACUUUAAGAUGACUUUAAGAUGACUUUAAGAUGACUUUUCCCCCAUCGGAGGAAGAGCGAGCGGUCCAGAGACGGGCGUUUCCCGGGCAACCACGGUGACCGUGGGACAACGAUGCCGUUGACUUUGACUCUUUACACUUUUUUUUAUUUUAUUUUUUAGUCCGUGUUUUUGUAUCUCGACUUGGAGUAAGGACCCAAUACAUGUUCUACACUAAGAAGACACACGGAGAAGAAUCACAUUCUGGAACUGGCUUGUUUUCCCAGUAAAAAGACAAGAGAGAGAGAGAGAGAGAAAGAAGAGACUGCUCUCAGCGGUGGUGUCUCGUGUUGAGUUACACGCCCACCGUGUUCUCCCCUCUCGGCGGUUGGACCUCCUCUUCUCUCGGCGUGAUGAUGUCAUGCAUAACUUUCGGGGAGCGCCGCGCUCGCUCGUCCCAACCGGACUUCUUCGGAAGAGAGAGAGGACGGAGAGAGAGACGUAUCCAUCGGCACUUUCCCCGCAUUUCAGAGUGAAAUGCAACGUUCAGGACCAGGUGGACCCAGAGAACCGGGUCCCCAUCUGGGCCUCUUAACACUGUUCUUGUUCAUAACAAUGCCUUUUUUAUUCUCUUAUUCUCUCCAUCUUCCGGUGCCAUUCAAGUCGUCUUUGUGGACUUAAAAAAAACAAAAACGAAAAUUUAUUUUAUGAGCAGAAGAUUCUUGUCUCAUUAAAAUGUUCCUCGAAGGGAAACUUUGACAUUUUGAAUCGGUCGCGUCGCUUCGCGUCGCAGUCGGCGAAUUGUUUCUGCUUUUUUUUUUGCCUCCAAAAGCUUUUAAAACAAAUUCCGUCCGUGAAAUUCUGAACGUUUUGCUUUGAAGACUUUGUGCAGCAGCUACGAGCUAAGCUAACACUAACACGCUAGCCUGGAGCACAGCGGCUAUUAUUACAGAAGAAGAAGCUCAACGUGUCAAAGUAUUGCUCAAAGACAUCUGAAGGAUAAUACCAGUUGCUUUUGCAUAAUUUACCUGCAUUGAAUUAGGAAAUAUUCUGUUUUAAACAGCUGCAAAAAAAAAAAAAUUCAUUUACUACGUUGAAUUUGAAAUGGUGUGAUUGCUUUUUCUAAAUGUUUUAAAGCUGAAGUCUCUGGAUUUAAACAUGGCAUUUAUAUCAUGUGCAAUAAUCAGAUUUUGCACACAUUCAAAAUGCGACGAUUGACAUUAAUUAAAAACGAUAUUGGUGAUAAUCGGUUAAAAAAAAAAAAAAAUUUGUCAUAAACUCUGGUAUCGUCACCCGAGAGUCUGAGGUUCCUUUUAAGGAUUAUGAGCGACGUGGUUUUCAUAUUGAAGAUCUCGGUUACACUUUGAUGGAGGGAUGAUGGAGGGAUGAUGGAGGGAUGAUGGAGGGAUGACGUGUGUUGUGGCUCCUGUGUGUUCGGCUUCUUCUGUGUUCAGUAUUCUCCAUAAAGACACGCAGUGUUUCCUCUCCGGGACUCGAGCCGCUCCUCGUCUGUGAAGCAAAGAUAGGUCAGAAGGAUGAUCCUCUCGGACCUGAAAGCGAAGAUCCGUAAUCUACCCGGCGACAGGCGGUGUCUCUGGAUCUGCUUGUUUUCAUUUUGAUUCCAGUUCUUCUCUCUGUGUGAAAUAAAUAAAAAAGUUUCUUGGUUUUCAUUCAA